UGUCCAAGAUGGCAGCUGCCGCCGGAGGCGCCUCCUGAGCCGCGGGCCCCGGAGCCAUGAAGCGGGGGAGCGAGCGGGAUUCCAGCCCAGCCGGGUCGGGGGGAACGCGGGGCGCCUCCUCCGCCAAGAGGCCUCGGGAGCGCGAGCGGGAGAGCAGCACCAGCGGCGGGAGCAGCACCCUGGCCCUGGGGGUGGCCAAGGCCAAAGUGCCGCCGGCAGCGGUAGUGGCGCCCUCCUUGCUGCUGGGCGGACCCCCGCCGGUUGCCGCACCGUCCUUGCUGUUGGCGCCCGGGCUGGGAUUGGCAGCUGGGGUGGGGCUGGCAGGAGAACCCCCGGGCUCCAGUGAGUACAAGACUCUGCUGGUGAGUGGCCUAAGCCCAGCUCUGCCUGAUCAGCUGCUGGAGGACGGUCUCUUUCGCCAGUUCCAGAGGUUUGCCAGCGGUGGUGCCAGUGAUAUUAGCGUGAAACUCUCCCAUACUCCUGAUCUUGGCCGCGUUGCCUAUGUCAACUUCAGGCAUCCGGCAGAUGCUCGAGAUGCCCGGCGUCAUGCCAGAGCCCGACAACUUCUCCUCUUCGAUCGCCCCCUCAAGGUGGAGCCUGUGUACCUGCGAGGGGGGCGACGAAGCCGCACACCCCCACCCACCCCAUCCCCUGAACCAUUGGCAUUUCUGCCCCCUAUCCAUGGUGUUUAUCCAUAUAAACAGCGAUCACUGUCACCUGUUGCUAGCCCUUUGCUCAGGGAGCCCAGACCACGACAUGCUCAAGCUGCUGCUGCAGCCUUUGCCUUGGAGGCAGUUGCUCUGGGACUCUCCAGGGAGCGGGAGAGGGUGCUGGAUUACUAUGGGCUAUAUGAUGAACGCGGCCGCCCCUACGGCUACCCCAUAGUGGCCGAGGAGGAUCUCAUGCCUGAGGAUGAUCAGAGAGCCACCCGGAAUCUCUUCAUUGGUAAUCUAGACCACGGUGUUUCUGAAGUGGAACUGAGACGUGCUUUUGAAAAAUAUGGCAUGAUUGAGGAAGUGGUGAUCAAGCGCCCUGCACGGGGCCAAGGUGGGGCCUAUGCUUUCCUUAAGUUCCAAAACUUGGACAUGGCACAUCGGGCUAAGGUUGCCAUGUCUGGCCGGGUUGUUGGCAGGAACCCUAUCAAAAUUGGCUAUGGGAAAGUUAACCCCACGACCCGGCUCUGGGUGGGUGGCCUUGGCCCUAGUACUUCCCUUGCUGCCCUUGCCCGGGAAUUUGACCGCUUUGGUAGCAUUAGGACUAUUGACUAUGUGAAGGGGGACAGUUUUGCCUAUAUUCAGUAUGAGAGUUUGGAUGCUGCCCAGGCUGCCUGUGGACAGAUGAAGGGUUUUCUUUUGGUUGGGCCAGAUAGAAGGCUUCGAGUGGACUUUGCCAAAGCAGAGGAGGCACGAUAUCCUCAGCAGUACCAACCUGCACCACUGCCUGUACACUAUGAAUUGCUUCCUGAAAGCUACAGCAGACACAGGAGUCUAGAGCAAGACUUAAGGGUCAGAGACAGGACUCCUCCUCAUCUCCUCUACUCAGACAGGGAAAGGAGCUUUCUAGAGGCAGAUUGGGCCAGCCCUGUGAAAAAUGCUGAGCGCAGAAAUAAUGCAGAGACCUACAGCCGGUCAGCACGCAGCCGCAGUGGAGAACGUUGGGGCAGUGAUAGUGACCGCAGUGUGCUCAAGCCUUGGGAGGAAAGGCGUAAACGCCGUAGCCUUUCCAGUGACCGUGGGAGGACUGCCCAUUCCCCUUAUGAAGACAGAGGCAGGACAAAGGCUGGUGGGCCAGCUUCAGAUCGCAGCCCAGAUAGGGUUCGCAAGGAGAACCACACAACCGAGUCUGCUGCAGAGAAAGAACAGAAUAACUCUCUUCAGAACAACCGGCAUGCAUCAGAGGAGAAGCCGCAUCGUGAAGCAUCUGAUCCUCCUCAGCCUAAAAAAAGGGACAGCGAACGCAAUCAUCGAACUGGUGAGUCUGAAUCAAAGACUCCUGAAGAGUCAAAAUCUGAAACAAAAAAACUAAAAAGCUUGUCAGAUUAUGCCCACACAUUGCAGCUUGCCUGGAAUGGGCUACUUGUCCUGAAAAACAGUUGCUUCCCUACAUCUAUGCAUAUCCUUGAAGGGGACUUGGGAGUCAUCAAUGGACUUCUGAAAGACCACUCGUCUGGUGGAAAGCUAACACAGCUCAAGAUCGCCCAGAGACUUCGACUUGACCAGCCCAAGCUGGAUGAAGUAACUCGACGUAUCAAGCAAGGAAGCCCUAACGGCUACGCUGUACUGCUGGCUACCCAGGCUGCCCAAGGAGGGGCAGGUGCCGAAGGGACCUUCCCUCUGGUGGAGCCUGGCUUGCAAAGACGGCUUCUCAGGAAUCUGGUCUCUUACUUGAAACAGAAACAGGCUGCUGGGGUGAUCAGCCUUCCUGUGGGAGGGGCAAAGGGCAGAGACAGCACUGGCAUGCUUUAUGCUUUCCCUCCUUGUGAAUUCUCUCAGCAGUACCUCCAGUCUGCACUAAGAACAUUGGGAAAGUUAGAAGAAGAACAUAUGGUGAUAGUGAAAGUCAAAGACACUGCCUAGCAUAUACUCACUCUCUCUCUCUCUCUCUCUCUCUCUGAUUCCAUGUUUUCUUUGUUUCUUACCCCACCUGGUUGCUUUCAAGGCCAAUUACUUUGAGUGGGGCCCCAAAAGACCUGCAAGAAAAUUCUAGUUUUAUUAGUUUCUAAUUAAUUUUAAUACCAUUUUAAUGAAUCCCAUUUUAUUUGUUUUUAAUACGUGACACUGUCUGCUGUGUUCUUAUUUUUUAAAUGUAUGGGAAGUUGUCAGUAAAGCCUUGUU